AUGUCGGUUCUGUCGCGCUCCAUCACCCGUACUGCGGUUCUGAGCACCCUAGUCUUCGUCCUGUGUGCCAUCGUUCUGUUCUCUGCCGACAGCAGAGAUCACCAAAGAGCGCAUCAUGGACGACAGUCGCACCGCCAUGCCGUAUCGAGCGCGAAGUCUUCGCAGGCGGAGAAAGCGCUCGAACGGAUGGACCUCACAGAAGCGCAAUGCAACAAUGCAUUCCCCAGCUUGAACAUACCGAUCCAGGACUCGGUAGCGCGUGGCAAGUUCGUCUUCAACGUGUCUGAUCCUGAGUACAAAGGCUUGGUGCAAGGCCGUAUACGGAACAACCAGCUCUAUGUGCUUUCUGUUGCGCCAGACACAGUCCCUGAUAUCCUCCAUCAGCGAACGGCCAUCUUGCAACAGAUCCACCGAGCACUUUUGACAGCGCCGGAACGAGUCCCAGACACCCAUUUCGCGUUCGUCAUCAACGACAGUCCCAAGAAUAAUUCCUGGACGUUCGCUCGCGAGAAUAAGAACUCGAGCAGCUACAACACAUGGCUGAUGCCGCAUUUUGGAUUCUGGUCAUGGGAGAGAGACGGCCUCGGUACGAUGGACGACAUCAUGCAGCGCAUCGACGACAUCGAAAGAGUCAGAGUGUGGGACGAGAAGCUUGCGAAGCCGGUGUGGAGAGGCACGGUUUGGUUCAACCCGUUGGCGUACCCGAACCUACGCAAGGAUCUGGUGAAACAGGCUGGAGGCAAGGCGUGGGCGAAUGUGCAAGCACUGAGGAAAUCCUCCGCCGGCGACAACGGGCUGAAGAUCGAGGAUUUUUGCAAGCAUAAGUAUGUGGUGUACACGGAGGGCGUGACGUAUUCUGGGAGGCUGCCGUAUCACCAGGCGUGUGAGAGCGUGCUGCUCACUGCUCCACUGACGUACCUAACGACAACGGCGUACUGGAUAAAACCGAUAAAUGCCGAUGUUCUCUUCUCAUCCUUUGGUUAUAGAGAGGCAUCGAGAGCGAAGCCGAAUGUUGUUCCGUUACUACCAACUGUGAAGGACUGGCGGGAAGCUAACGCGAUCUACAUUGCACCCGACUCGUCGAAUUUGGAAUCCACCAUCGCGCUCUUGGAAAAGAACCCAGAUGUUGCAAAGCGAAUAGCGAGGAGCCAGAGGAGCACGGCCGUAGAAAGAGGAUUUCUUCGCCCUGCGGCAGAAGUGUGCUAUUGGAGAGCACUCAUUCGUGGGUGGGCUUCAGUUGCAGAGAUUGAAGGCGGGGGUUGGGGCGAGGAUGUGGGUGAGAGGUUCGAGACAUGGAUAGUAAAGCAGGUGGUAGCAUCGCAGGAGAGUGGUAGAGGAAGAACACGGUGGGACAGCAAGCAUACCAAAGGAACACAGUUAGUGUCAUGA